AUGAAGAAAGCAUUCACGGCCCAGCAAAUUUCCAAAUGGUUCACCUCCGAGACGACGUUUGCGAACGUUAAGCUCACAGAAGAGGAGGUUGACAAGAAAUUGUCCGAGCCAUUGUCAGAAGACACGAGCCCCUUAAAUGCUGCUGAUGAAGAGAACCACAAGAGUGUCAACACGAUAAAAGCUGACCGACCGAUUUGUGAAUCCGUAGGAAGCCCACCUCCAACACCUGAGAGCUCCAGAUACCCCAACUUGCCCAUUACCAAAAACAGGCAGGAGCUGAUUUCUCUGAUAGAAAACAACUCUGUGGUGAUUAUUCGAGGAGCCACGGGCAGUGGCAAGACCACCCAGCUGCCACAGUACAUUCUGGACCACUACGAUGAUAAAAAUGCCCCUUGUAACAUUGUGGUCACGCAACCACGCAAAAUUGGCGCCACCAGCAUUGCUCGAUGGGUCGCCACUCAAAGAAAGUGUACCUGCGGCAGUCUGGUUGGAUAUCAGGUCGGACUGGAGAAGCAGGCUACCGAGCACACCCGACUGAUCUACGUGACAACAGGGGUGCUGCUGGAAAAACUUGUGUUUGCCAAGACCCUCACAGAAUUUUCUCAUAUUUUUAUUGACGAGGUUCAUGAGCGCACUGAGGAGAUGGACUUUCUCUUGCUGGUCGUGAGGAAACUUCUUAACUCCAACUCUCGUUAUGUUAAGAUAAUCCUCAUGUCGGCCACCAUCAACUGCAGACAAUUUGCUGAGUACUUUAGCACCCCUGUUCGUGGAAAGAUGAGCCCAGCUUAUGUGUUUGAGGUGGAGGGGACACCUUAUGGCAUCGAGGACUUUUACCUGGAUGACCUUAAGGACUUGAGUCCACGUUAUCAACUGGAUUCCUCAAGUCUGGAUGAUCCCUGUAUCUUAGCUCCCACGUACGAGCUCGCCAUCUGCCUCAUUGAGAGCUUUGACAUGAUGGAGAGCGAAAAUACCAGUGAGGCAGAGACAGAAGGCAGCGCCAGCUUCCCAGAAAGAGGCAGUGUACUAGUCUUCUUACCGGGCAUAUACGAGAUAACGUAUAUGCAACAAGCCCUGGCCAAGUUGGUCAGCAGGAGAUUGCAGGUUUAUGCCCUCCACUCCACCAUUACAAUGGAGGAGCAAUAUGGUGUAUUCCUGUCAGUUGUGCCUGGAUACAGAAAGGUCAUCCUUUCCACCAAUAUUGCAGAAAGCUCUGUGACUGUGCCCGAUGUCAAAUAUGUUAUUGAUUUCUGCUUGACUCGUCAAUUGGUCUGCGACAAAGAAACCAAUUAUCAAUUUUUGCGUCUCGCCUGGGCAGCAAAGACCAACUGCAACCAACGCAGAGGAAGGGCGGGUCGAGUUUCAAAGGGCUACUGUUACCGUCUUGUCAGUAAAGACUUCUGGAAGAACGACAUCCCGGAUUACAUGAUCCCCGAGAUGCUGCUUGCACCCCUGUCCAACAUCAUGCUGAAAGUGAAGCUGCUUGACAUGGGAGACCCUCGGUCCCUGCUUUCAACAGCUCCUUCACCCCCCAACCUCAAAGAGAUUGUGAGGACUGUGCUCCAACUGAAAGAGAUUGGAGCUCUGUCUGCUAAACAGGAUAGAUCUCAAAAUGAAGACGGCGAGCUGACAUUCCUGGGCCGAGUGCUGGCCCACUUACCUGUGGACCUUUACCUUGGCAAGAUGAUUGUCCUGGGUCACAUCUUCGGUUGUCUGGAUGAGUGUCUCAUCAUAGCUGCUUGCAACUCCAUGAAGAGUUUCUUUGCCAUACCUUUAAUGCAGCAGCUUGCUGGUCACAGGAGUAAGAUGGCAUUUGCCCAAGGAAGCCAAAGUGAUUCCAUAGCAUUUGUCAACACUUUCAAGGCUUGGCUCAGCUUCAAAAAGCAAGGACAGCUAAGAAACAUAAAGGAUGAGCUGGACUGGGGAAAAGAAAACUUCAUUCAAAUCAAAAGGAUUCGGGAGGUUGCAGUGUUGUAUGAAGAUCUGAAAAAACGCGUGGAACGUUUCAACAUGCGUGUACCGGAGAACACUGUGCACGUGGCCUACACCAGCACACACACACAGAGGUUUAUCCUUCAGUUGGUCAUUGCUGGGGCUUACUACCCCAACUACUUCGUCCAAGGGGAGAUAGACGAGGCUCUGGCUUCCAAGGAAUUGAGUGGUUUUAACCCCAGAACAACUGUGAUGCUGAGGAACCUCCCUCCUUUCAGUUUUCUCUACUACAAGCAGCUGCAGUCUCUCUUCCGACAGUGUGGACAGGUCAAAGCCAUUUCCUUUGAGUCCUCCAGAGCAUAUGUGGAAUUCUACAGGACGUCACACGACAGCGCAGCCCUGCCUGAGGUGUUGCUUGCCCUCCUCCUGGCCCAGCAGAAACCUGGCCUGGAGCUUUUAGUCUACCCCACUGAACAAAUAGAAAUCAGUGCCGGCACCAGACAAAUAUCUCACUUGAAAUACGCUCGGGUGAAUGUUGACUUACAGAGUCAGUCCGUAUUCCCGGUGGGACUGGUGAGCAGCACCCUUGACCCAGACAAACUGCCUCCCAACGACUUGUUUGUGGUCAACGUUACCUUGGUGGUGGAUGUAGGUCAUUUUUGGGGUUUUCAAGCAGAUGAAGCCAGUAUAGAGAAGCAGAGCCAACUGACGGGAGAGAUCAACUCGCGCACCCUCCAACCUGUGACUGUGUUGCUCUAUCCCAACCUUCUUUGUCUGGCACCUUACUCAGAUACAAAUGAACAAGGUCUCUACUACCGGGCCAAGAUCCUGCACAUACAUGGAAACACAGUAGAGGUGUUCUUCUUGGACUUUGGCAACACACAAGUUGUCCAAUGCAAAGACCUGAGGGAACUGCCAUCUGACCUUCAGUCUCAACCUUUUCAGGCGCAGGAAUUUCAAGUCGUGUCCAUGCGCCCGUCGCCCGAGUCCAUCAUCACCGGCAACCAGUGGAGCAGCCGGGCCCGUCAGCGAUUCACAGCGCUGGUGAAAGGUCACUCUGUCAUGGUGUCGCUGUAUUCGAUUCUCCACCGAGUCAUGCGCGUGGAGCUGUUCAUCCACAGCGAGAUGACGAACAAGAGUGUAGUGGAUAUUUUUGUGGAAGAAGGCUACGCCGUCCACGUCGAAGAGAGCUUUGACUCCAAACAAAAUCACGAAGCGCUGAUUUCGCUUUACAAAGACAUCAAAACGGGCAUGUAUGUUCCCAAUUCCACCAGCAGCUCCUGGAAGGAUCGCAAGGAGGAGGAGAAGGAGCUCAUAGACUACCUCCUCUCUCACUUCUCCGAGCACCGCAUUCCUUAUUCCAGGACAAAGGUUCGUCUGCAAGGACCAAGCAGUCCACACAAAACCCAAUUCCACUGCUUGUACCACAACAUGUACAGUAGGACUGUGUCCAUAGAUCGACACAGCAUCAACACCAUGGCUCUGAAUGUAAACCCUGACUACAAGCACCAAAGAAUGCUGGUUGCUGGGAGCGUCUUUAUCAAUUCUGCAGGUACCAACAUUCUUCCGAAAGACACUUCGCUCAUGCCAGACAUCCCUGGACUGCCUGCCAUUGUUACCAUGCUCUUCGCCCCAAUCAUGGAGUUGCGCACUAAUGAGGAAAAGUCUUGCUAUACCGGAGCACUAUGUGGUUUGGGCUGGGACAGUGAAACACAAAAUGCAAUCCUGCCUGAACACGACAUUGAAAUGGCCUUUGACGUCAAGUUUGAUGUUGAAGACUUCACCGAGAUAAACGCCCUGCGAGUGGCUAUUAACUGCUUGGCAUGCGAAGGGCCAAACGGCAGCCUGCACUUUGGGCCUGAGAAGAUUCACAAACUCCAAGAGGACUGUCGUGAACGUCUCAUAAGAUUGUUCACCAAGUCUCCUCCGAGGGAAAUGAUCACUCCGCUGCACUGCGCUGAUGCGGGGAGAUGGAAUCAGGCUGAGCAGUCACUCCGGAUGGACAUGACAGAAGUCGGAAGUGGAAAACUGAGAGGAGUUCUCUUUGAGCUACACCCCCUCAUUCUCCUUAACAACUGA